AUCCAUCCCAAACCCUCAUCGCUUGAUCCUAUGAGACCGGGGAAAGUGGACGAUUUAGGAGGAUUGACAAGACGAGUGUAAAUCAACCCAAAAAAAGUGAUUCUUCUGGGACUCCGGUAGCGGCCGUGUGGAGAAAAGAGCUGACGAGGCACCAGCCGCGACCCUGAAUGGACCGGCGACAAAAGCACCUCUUACAAAACCGGAGCUGACAAGUGCCCUGAACACAGGAGUAUAGCUGGGAUACGAAGUAAACAUUGGGCACCAAUCUCGUUAUGGAUUGGAAGUCAACACUUCUGGUUGUUGGAGGAUCUGCGUGCUCCUUCAAACUGCUGAACACGGUUGUCGGAUUCCUGCCGACACCCGAGCUGGCACACAAUAAAAUGUGGAAGUGGAGGAACACCAUGACAUCUUUGGCUCACAGCUCGCUGACUGGAGCAUGGGCUGUUUCAUGUUUGUACUGUCAACCUAAGAUGCUGGAGGACCUGAUCUCCUCUUACUCCUUGCUCUCCCACUGCCUUGUAGCAGUAUCAACAGGUUAUUUUAUUAAUGACUUCUUGGAUGUGAGCUUAAACCAAUCACUUAAACAGUCACGGGAAGUGCUUCUCCACCACUCCACGGUAAUCUCCUGCUUCACUCUAGCUGUGACCUCUCGUCUCUAUCUGGGCUUUGCUGUGGUCUCUUUGCUGAUUGAGAUCAACUCAGUUUUCCUUCACAUCAGACAAGUCCUCCUGCUGCUAGGACAAGGGAACAGAACUGGACCUGCAGCACUUCGCACCUCUGUGACCUACAGCCUGACCAGCUGGCUCAACCUGGGAACUUUACUGGUAUUUCGUAUCUGUACGACGGGAUGGAUGACCCGCUGGCUGGCGUCUCAUCGUGAACAUAUACCUCGCUUUGUCUUCAUGAUUGGGACAACAGGUCUGAGUCUCAUCUCCACCAUGAACAUGGUGCUGCUUUACAGACUGCUCAGAGCAGACUUCCUCACCAACCCUCACAAUACCAGCAAGAACCACUAGAGGGAGCCACUGCUGCGUGUGUUCUGGUCAAUAUGGCUAAUUUUUCUACCUCAGGCUGUGGAUAAACCGUGGAGCGAGGAUCGGAGGUCCACUGUGACUAAUAGUUCUUCUUGCUUGUAUUUUUCCAUUAUUACUUUUGAUUGUAACACAACUUUUUCAUGUUGUCAGAUCAAUGUAAUAACUCUUUUGUUUAAAAUAUAAACUU